UAGUGCUUGUGUUUGUUUUACAGAUCACCAAGAAGCUGGCCGGCGGGAUCGGGGACAGUGCUGCAUGGAUGUCCAAUAUCGGAAACGAGUUAGGCCAGGUCCUGAACUCUGUUCUGACGUCGGGUGAAGGUGCAGGGUUGGAAGAGUUGUGCCAAGGCGUCGUCACUCGGUACAAGAAUGCAGGCCAAGCUGAACCUGAGGCCAUCUAUGUCGACCGAGACUGCUGCAGCCAGUCAGGCGUGUCUUCAGUGGCUAAGCUGUUUCACCCAUGGCAAACUGCAGUGCGCUUGGACAGCUUCCACUUCAUGAGGCGCUUUAACUGCGGCCUCACAACAGAACACCACCCUCUGUAUGGCAUCUUUUGUGCCAAGCUUUCCUCCUGCAUUUUUGUAUGGGACCAGGAGGAUGUGCAACGCCUGAAGGAGGCCAAGAGAGAAGAGUGGAAGAGCAGCCACAGCGGGCAUACUCCCACUGAGGAGCAGCUCAUGGCCGCCAUCAGUCCAGGCGAGCUGAAGAGGCACUGCAGGAGGAGGACCCGUGGAGUGGAGGAGAUGCGGGGCAUGAUCUCAGGGCUGCUGGAAUCAGUGUGGGAGCUGACGGACACCACAGGGCUGCGUCUGGUGAGCCAUGACAGCAUGCGCCAUGUCUGGGAAGUGCAGCAGAAGCACCUGGAGUGCCUCCAAGACCCUGCAGGUGUGGCACUCUACACGAAGGUGGGGACACUCCAGAAGGGCGGCAAAGAGCUGGACGUCCUAAGGUGUGGUAGGGGGUCCUCCUCCCUGGAGAGUUUUCACAGACACCAGUGCGCUUUUAUUCCAGGCUGGCGGUGCAAUGCUGUUCAUACACAGAUGUACAUGCUGGAGGGAGUAUCGAGGUGGAACAUGGGCCGGGCCAAGGAGGCAGUAGAUGUGGAGGGGGCCUCAACGCUCAGAAGCUUCGAUGUCCGCUUGAUGUCCCACCUCAGCAACUUAAGCCAGCGCGUUCUUGGUUCCACUCUGGUGCCAGAGUUCACUCCACCCGGGAAACCUACUAGCGAGCGCAUAGCAGUGGAGUAUUUAUUGGCCCAGACCAACAGAGCCCUUCUGGCUCCAAAUCAGGUCCCUGAGGUCCCCUCGCAGGUACUUGAGGAGGAGGAUGAGCCGGAUGACACCAUCAGCAUCACUGACAUUCUGUGCCAGUCAGCUGCGAUAGGGGCUGGUGAUCCUCCAGGUGCUGUGGUGGGUGACACUGAACCCGGACCCCUCGUCACACAGACCAGCCAAUGUGACUCAAGGGGCGUUGUGGGAUGGGAUGCGGUUGAUAACCUGGCAGGCUACCUAGUUGGCUUGAAUCGCACCAUCACUGCCUUGCAAUUGAAGGAGGAAGCGGACAUAGUCCAGCUAUAUACAGCUCUCCAUGACAUGGACAAGAAGCAUUCAAGCUACACCCAGAAGGCUAGAAAGAAAGGACAGGCAUCAGGAGGACCGUGGAGAGCACCGAGGAGGCCGAGUGGCUCUGCUCCUGGACAGCAGGCGGCAGAGAGACUAUACAUGACUCACGGCCAAGCAGCCCAGGAUCCAGAACACCACAGGGUCAGUGAGUGUGUCUGCCUCAGACUGGCCAAGGAGUUCGAGCAGUCCCGCAACAGGCCCAAGGACACGAGGGGGAAAACCCUGCCCAUCCCUCAGUCAAUUGUGAGCAUUUACAGCCACAUUAGACAGCUGCUGGAGGACAGUGGUCCAGACGGCGCUGGCUCUGGUGCCGGUGAACAACACCACAGUCUCUGCAUGGCUGCUUAGGAGGGACAAGAGGAAGGACAGGAACAUGCUGCUGCAGGGCAAUGUUCUCCCUCAACAGCUAUACCUGGCCAAGGAGCCUCUCCCUUCAACAAACACUCUCCCGGCUGCCCCUGUGCAACAUGCACAUGAGAUGACAUUUGAGGAGCCCGAAAACCGUGAGGGGGAAGCUUUCCCCCGCCAGCGCACUCUAGCGGCAAACAAGCCUACUGUCAUCUCUCCGCCACCUCCACCUCCUCAGUUCCAUCCACAAUUUGGGCCAGCUCCUCCUUUUUCAUAUGCUCCCCCAUUUCCCCACUUUCCAUUUCCCCAUGCUCCUCCUUUUCCGUAUGCUCCCCCCUAUCCGCACAUUCCAUUCACCCAUGCCCCUCCUAUGCCGCAUGCUCCCCCAUUUCCAUCUGCACAUGAUCCUCCUUUACCUCAGGCUCCUCAAUGUCAAGCUCCUCCAGAGUGCCUUCCAGGUGCCCAGCCAAGGCAACGUACCUGGAGGCUGAACAAAGCUGCCCAUGAGGAUGAGGAUCUAAUGGCUCGGGGGGAACCGCCACGGAAGAGGCUGAUGAAGGAAAAGUACCACUACACCUGCAAGAAGUGUGGCUUGGACAAAAACAAAAAAACCGGACACACCCAGCUGAAGGGGCGGUGGUACUGUCCAGAGUCAGGACAGACCCUGGAUGACUGGAGGAAGAGUGUAGGCCUUUAGUCACCAUUACUUGUCUCUCUCUCUGUUUGUCGGUCUGUCUCUGUGUUGUUCGUGUCUGUCUCCCUGUCUGAUCCCGACCAAGGCCUCGUAAGCCAGGCCGGUAAGUAUU